AUGUCCCCUCGCGGCGAAGACCGUCGCAGCUACACUGUCUCUGGAGACGGGCCCGAACGUCCACAAAGCUCAUCCUCGCAGUUGGCUCGACGUUACAGCGGUACGACAACAGGCCAUCUUACGUUGGGUCCGAACGAACACGAAAACUGCAAGCUCCCAAAGAACUUCUCCAAGCCUCUGACCUGUUUCUAUUGGUACUACAACGGCCGCUGCAACAAGUCUGACGAAGCCUGCUACUACGCUCACUACCACACCGGCAUGGUCGCUUCUGCCCCAGUCGGUACAGGACGCGGUCGGGCCAUUGCAGGUCGGCAAGCCGAAUACCACAUGGACGCCAUUCACGCCCGCGAGGAAGCCGCAGUGAGCCGCGAAAAGGCCUUGCGCGCUGAAGGAGAGGUUCUACGACGUGAAGAAGCAAGAAUCACUCGAUUGAAGAACCGUUUCCUGGAAGGACUUGAAACUAUGGACCAGGCCUCGACUGACGUGCGCCGAGUCCUUCAGCGUCGCCGUGCUGACUUGGCUGCUCUCAAUGUCGAAGGCAACUUCCAUGAAAACAUUGACAAAGUCCUUAAGGCUGUCGAUGGCAUGAAUGGCGCAGUAGCCGGCUUUCACCAGCAAGUCACCAAUGCUAUGAAGAACCUAAACGGGCUCGACAUCGACAGCUUCAUUUCUGCGACAAGCACCGGAAGAGUCACCAGCGCUCCCACGUAUCCAGUAACUAGUACCGUGCCAGGAACGAACGGAUCAACGACCACGGUCAGCACAAACUCUCGAGCUCAUGUGCAGAUCCCGGGCCUCACUACCAUCGCUCCCGCGUCAGGCCCCCAGCGCCCUCAUCCCCUUCCGGCGCGCAUCUUUACCGAAGGAUCGAGUUCGGAAUUCACCGAGUACUCUACCCAGAUUCAUACCCCGAUCUCGGAAUCACAGCCAGAUCUCGUAAUCGCCAAACAGGAGUAA